AUGGAAUUGCUUGCUCAGACGGCGGGCAUUUUCUCGGGUGGGAUCUUGGGCAGGUGGUCCCCAUGUCGGGCAGAGGGCGCGAGGGAUGGCCAUCUGGGACGGGCAAAGCAAGAUAAAGCAAGAUCCUUUCUCGACAUUCAUUCAAAAUUGGUCGUUCUGUCCACGAGACAUCCCUCGCAGCUCCUUUAUGGCUGCAUGCUGAUGCAAUGGUCGCUCCUACUGAUAGGCUGGGUUUCUGGCGCUCCAUCGCUGGGCGACUACUUUGACAACUUCCCGGGCUUCGAUUCAGACUUGACGCGCGAUGACUUGUACGGCUACGGAUCGUUUGGCGACUUUCGACGUGGGAGGGGCUAUGAUGACUACUUCGGAGCUGGCCCAGGGUCUUACGGAGGUUUCAACACAGGAGCUGACCGCAAAGAGCCAGGAAAGGAUGACUGUUCCCGCAUUGAAGCCGACGGUGUUCCGCUUGCUGACCUGCUUUUAGAGGCCGCAGAGAACCUUCCAGCAAAGGUAUCCGAAGCACCGGCGCAAGUGCUUGAGCUCGUCCACUUCUUCGCCAGCAAGGAACACAAGCUAUUUCUGCUUGGUCACUGCCCACAAGCAGUGGCUCUGGCUCUGCUUCUGGAAGCUGAAAUGGAGGCCACCACGGAAGGCGGAAACAGCACUGAGCCAACUGGCGUGACUCAGCGUGCUGUUCGACAGCUGAGCGACCUGCUUGAGGAGUCGCAGACGACGUGGCGAAGCCCGUUCAAGGCCCUUCCCGUGUGGAGCGGCAAGUGGGGGCAGGUGCUCGGUGCAGCCCAGAGACGAACUGGAAUUCUUCUGUUUCCAAUAGGUGAACAGCAAUUCCAUGUGGACUUUGUGCCGGCAGCAAACUGGUCUAUCUGGGCAAACCGGCGAUGCAGAGGGCGGCGAGACCUCGGAAAUCUUCAGGGCACGCUUCUGACGACAUGUUUGCAGAAAUGCCUUUUACAUCCCUCCUGCAGGUCUGCCACGUUUUGGCAUUGGCAGCCCGGAGGGAUGGGCUUCGAUCAGCGCUGUUUCUUAUCUUCAUCUUGUACCUUUGAGCUUUCGACAGAUGAAGGUGCCGAGGGUGCCUUCCUCUUCGAGAAGUUAUCCGUGCUGUCACAGACAGAGCAGGAGAGGGUGCAGCAGACGAUCCGGACAAAAGGUGCUGCCUGGGCACCUCGAGCUGGACACAGACUUCUUGCAACUGCAUCGGAACCGACGCGUUUGUGGUUGUUGGGUGGUAUUGGGGUGGAUCCAUUUGCCAACUCCUCUGCGCCGCCAAGCAAGGACCAGGAGGCCAAGCAGGACAAGGACGGCAAGAAGCGAAGUGGAAAAGGAAAAGGCUCGCAGGAAGCAAAACAUCCGGGUAAGAGGCGGAAUGCAACAGCAGGGCUGGAUGUAGUUGAAGCUUACUUGUCUCGUCACGUCGAGCUAAGUGGCGAACUGCCUCCUCUGCGUUCCUUGCCCUAUAGCAGGCUGGGGGAUGUGUGGUGGAGCACGGAUGAAGGUAGCAGCUGGACCUUGAUGCAGCAGAUGGCACCUUGGGGUCCCCGCGCGCAUUUUGGUGCAGUUGCCGUCCAAGACGGUCGAUGUUUGCUCGUCUUCGGUGGGAUCGUCACUCCCAAGGACAGCAACUCAAGCCUGGAGAGCCUUGGAAGACAGUAUGUCAACGAUGUGUGGUAUGCCGACCUGUCUGACCUGGGGUCGUUCUCCUUCCACGAGCUCGCUCUCGCUCCGUGGGAGCCACGGGCGGCAUUCCAGGCACUGGCUUGGGGCUCUCAAGGCCACGCGUUGGACAGCGAGGCAAACAUGGAAUCGAUCGUUCUUCUGGGCGGCCGGACGCAGCCGGGACUCCUCAAGAACGAUGCCUGGGCAUUGGAGCUGCAGGAUGUGAAGAAGUUGUCAGCAGGUGCCACCUUGAAUUGGCAGCGGAGAACGGCAUCUGCUGACUGGUCUCCUCGCUCAGACUUUGCCGCUGCCACGACGUUUCAGCAUGGUGUCUGGAUAUUGGGCGGUAGUGACGAGGCCGGCGUGGUUUUGGCCGAUGUCUGGCACAGCAAGGAUCUCCAAACGUGGUUUCAGGUGCAGUCGCAAGCUCCAUGGGGACCUCGGGUUGGCGCUUCAGCUGUGACCCUCAGCCUUGGAGCCGUGACGGGUGUUCUGCUUUUUGGUGGCUAUGCGUAUCCGGAUGACGACUUUGGGCCUCUGCCUCCAAGUCCGCCCGAGGAGGUAGCAACGUGGUUCUCCAGUGACGGAGAAUUAUGGCAGUCGUUUGGUCCCGACUUCCUUGCCUGGACGUCGGGCACAACGGAUGCUGCAACCGCGGCUGCGACCUGUAACAUGUCGGAGCAGAGCAAAGGACAGACAUGUGCGUAUGUCGCGGGCGGAACGAACCGGGAAGGCUACUAUGAGAAUACUGUUCGCCAGCUGCGCCUGAGUGACAGGGAGGUCAGCUUGAUCACCCAGACCUCAAGCUCGCCUACAGAAGUUGGAGGACCUCCAAAACCACGUCAGCCUGACCAGCCUGGCCAUGCAGAUCCCCCAGAUGGCAUGCAGCAGGUGCAGAUACUGGCAACGUGCAUUUUGGGCCUUGCGCUGCCCCUGUGCUUUCGCUUCUGUAAGCUGAAGGCGCCGCUCCCCGUUGACCCUGCGGGCCGCUGCUUGCUGAAACUCCUUGCGGGCGUGCUCAUCUUGCUGGUGUGCUUGGCCGUUCUGGUCGGAUUUGUGCUGCUCCGAUUCUCGCAGGAGCUUGCGCAGCUCCGAGCAGAGAAGUGCCAACUCGACGCGCACACGGUAUCAGGGCUGCGGGACACCCUGGGCCUUACAAAGGCUGCAGAGCGCUGGGACGAGUUUGAAAUUCUGCUGCGACUGGCCUCUCGAGAGUCCCAGUACUAUGCCUACGGCUUCGGUGGAAAAUCCGGGGAUCCCUACGGCUACGGCUACGGUCGAUACGACCGAGGCUAUGACAGUUUCGGCGGCGCGGAUGAGAUGUCUGGACGCGAGUCCGGGCCAAAGGAAGACUCCCCGCAAAGCCUGAAGAAGGAGCUCAGCAUGCUUCCAACCAUACAGUCCGUGUCCUGCCGGACACCCAAGUGCGACCGCAAUGCGACGUGUGCCAGCGCCUCGCAGAGGUCUCUGCAGACUCCGUAUGGGUGUUGUAGCGACUACAUGCUCCUGAUGCUCACCGACGUGACCGGAUGGCUCCACGAGCAGAACAUUCCCUACUUCAUCACCUAUGGAACUUUGCUGGGUGCAGUGCGCGAAGAAGAUAUCUUGCCUUGGACCCAGGACAUGGACAUCGUUGUAGACCGGCGAUAUUGGCCCCAACUCCAGCGGGGUCUGGAGGCUGCAGAGUUUUUCGGUGGAAGACGCUACCUCUUCGGAGUGGAUCAGUGGGAGGAAAAAGUCUCCAGAGUUUGCGCCGAUUGGGAGGGUUUUGCCUCCUCCAUCAUCGGUGGGCAAGAAGGUGAUCGGUUCAGUCGGCCCGCAGACUUCCAUUUGGAUGUGUAUGCAAGCGAUUGGUGGCAAAUCACUGACCUUCACCUCGUCGAUUGCGUUGAACCUCUCGGCGUCAAGCAUCUCCAGAUUCGCGGGCGCAACUUUUCGGCGCCUGCGCGACCGAGAGCGUGUGUGGAGAAACUGUACGGAUCGGAAUGGCGAAUUCCGAAGAAAGCUCUGGCAGGCGUGAACUGA